AUGUCGUACCUCAGCCCGCUGCCGCUGGCCGCGCCCGCCGCCGACUACCUGGCCGCCAUGCCGCCGCUCGACGCCGCCCCGCCCGCCUACGACCACCCGGACGCCUUCGCCAGCGACGACCUCAGCUUCGCGCCGCCCGCGCUCGCCCACCCGCUGCGCCGCUUCUCCUACGACGAGCCCUUCCCCGACCUGCUCAGCCCGUUUGACGGCCCGCCCGACCAACACGCCCAGCACCAGCACUCGCAGCACUCCCAGCACUCGCAGCACCCGGCCCAGCCCCAGGCCCCCCAGCACCACCACCACCACCACCCGCCGCCGCCGCCGCCCGACGCCUCCGUCGACCACAACCACAAGCUGCUCAGCUUCUCGCUGCCCGCCUACAACUUCACCCUGCUGGACUACUCGUUCCGCCGCACCUCGCUGUCGCUGGCCGCCCAGCUGCACGGCAUGUUCUUCCUGGCCGAGUCGCCCUGGACCGCCGCCUCGCCCACCGCCGCCGCCGCGGCUGCUGCGGCUGCGGCGGCGGCCGCGGCCUCUGCUGGGACCGACGCCAGCGGGCUGCCGCCGCCGCCCGUGGCCGAGCUGACGUGCUACCGCCGCAACCUGUUCCAGAUCACCGGCUCGGUCACGCUGCCGCGCACGCUGCGCUACCUGAUGACCGACCAGGGCGACCGCAUCCCCAUCCUCGCCCACGAGCUGACCGUGUCGGCCACCGAGUCCGUCGAGGGCAACCCCGUCAAGAUCAUCUCCGUGCCGUGGAAGACGCCCGCCAGCGCCAGCGCCGCCGGCGGAGCGGCCGGCGGAGCGGGGGGCAGCCCGCCCGAAGACAAGGCCGAAAAGGAGCCGCCGGCCAUCCCGCUCGACACCAUGGCCGGGCAGGACGUCGACGCCGACUACGCGACCUUUGCCAUCGCCUGGAAGCGCCUGCAGUUCCGCAUCGCCACGGCCAACAACGGGCGCCGCAAGGAGCUGCAGCAGCACUUCGUCGUGCGCCUCAAGAUCGUGGCCACGCUGUCGACGGGCGCCAAGAUCGCCAUCGCCGAGGCGCAGUCGGGCCCCGUCAUCGUGCGCGGCCGCAGCCCACGCAACUUCCAGUCGCGCAAGGACCUGCCGCUCAGCGGGAGCGCCGCCGCCUCGCGCAAGAACGCCCAGGCCGCCGCCCUGCACCGCGCCGCCCAGCCCGCCGCCGCCGCCGCCGCCUCCAAGCGCAGCAAGUCGCCGCCCGAACCCUCGCCCGCCCCCGUGCCGCUGCAGCUGGACGCCGCCUCCGACGCGCUGGCCUCGCCCGCCAACACCCCGCCGCAGCCGCCGGCCGCCGGGGCCGCCGACUGGUCGUCCGCCGACGCCCCCGCCCCGCGCCCGCCGAAGCGCCGCCGCACCAGCUCGCACGCCCACGCCCACGCCCACCACGCCCAUGGCCUCGGGCGCCCGCUGCCUCUCGCGCUGGCCACUGCCGCCGACGACGUGCCCAGCCCGGCCACGCCCACCACGCCCGUCCACGCCGCCAGCCUACUCCACGCCUCUUCUUCUUCUUCUUCUUCCUCCGCGCCGCCACCACCACCACCACAUCUCUCCCACCACGCCUUCGAUCCCGCCCCGCUCCUCCACAAGCUCGCGCCGCCCACCGUGUCCAUGUCCUCCGCCGCGCUCGCCCACGCGCCCGCGCCCGUGCUCGCGUCGCACGCCUACUCCGCCGCCGCCAACCUCCCCCUCCUCGCGCAGUCGCUGCACCACCACCUGCCGCCGGGCCUCGUCUCGCCGCACAUCCUCAACCCGGCCGACACCUCCGCCGCCGACCUGCUGUACGAGUACUUCCCGCUGGGCCUGGACGACUGGCAGCCGCCCGUCGACGCCGUCUACCGCCCGCACGUCGUGCACCACAUGAACCUGCACGACGACCCCAAGGCCCUGGCCGCCCGCAACCGCAGCAAGCGCUACUUCGCCGGCGACGCAUGA